AUGGGUAAAAUAUCAACUAAUGAAACUAAAUUAAAACAAAGACAUAAUCCAUUAUUAAAAGAUAUAUCAACUGCUGGUGGUAAUCUAAGAACUAAAUCUUCAAAUAAAAAAAAGUCUACACGUACAGAUCAAUUUGAUGAUGAAAAACAAGAUGGUUAUUUAGAUGCUCAAAGUUCAAGAAAGAUUUUACAAUUAGCUAAAGAACAACAAGAAGAAUUAGAAGAAGAAGAAGAAAAUAUUAAUAAACCAAGUUUUAUAGAAUCCUUUAAACAACAAGAUCAAAGUGAAGGUGAAGAUGAAGAUGAAGAUGAAGAAUAUUCAGAUUUAGAAGAAGAAGAAUAUGUAAUAGAUGAAGAAGAAAUAGAAGUAGAUGAAAAAGAUGCAGAAUUAUUUAAUAAAUAUUUUCAAAAUAAUGGUACCAAUAAUGGAGGUAUAAAUUUAGCUGAUAGAAUCAUGGCUAAAAUACAAGAAAAAGAACAAUUACAAAAUUUACCAAAUGAAUCAAUUGAAAGACCACAAGAUGCUGUUUUAUUACCACCUAAAGUUAUAAUGGCUUAUGAAAAAAUUGGUCAAAUUUUAAAAACUUAUACUCAUGGUAAAUUACCAAAAUUAUUUAAAAUAUUACCAAGUUUGAAAAAUUGGCAAGAUGUUUUAUUUGUUACAAAUCCUGAACAAUGGUCAAAUAAUGCAGUUUAUGAAGCUACUAAAUUAUUUGUUUCUAAUUUAACUGCAAAUGAAUCACAAAAAUUUAUUGAAGGUGUAUUGUUAGAAAGAUUUAGAAAUUGUAUACAAGAUUCAGAUGAUCAUUCAUUAAAUUAUCAUUUAUAUAGAGCUUUAAAGAAAAGUUUAUAUAAACCAGGUGCUUUUUUCAAAGGAUUUUUAAUUCCAUUAGUUGAUAAUUUUUGUACUGUUAGAGAAGCAACAAUUGCAGCAUCAAUUUUAAAUAAAGUUUCAAUACCUGUUUUACAUUCAUCAGUUGCAUUAACACAAUUAUUACAAAAAGAUUUCACACCAGCCACAACUGUAUUUAUCAGAAUAUUAAUAGAGAAGAAAUAUGCAUUACCUUAUCAAACUUUAGAUGAAUUGGUAUUUUAUUUUAUGAGAUUUAGAAAUGAUUCAAGUAUGGAUGUUGAUCAAACUAAUGAGCAACAACCACAAUUACCAGUUGUAUGGCAUAAAGCAUUUUUAGCAUUUGCUCAAAGAUAUAAAAAUGAUAUAACUGAUGAUCAAAGAGAUUUCUUAUUAGAUACAGUAAAACAAAGAUUUCAUCAUGCAAUAGGACCAGAAAUACGAAGAGAAUUAUUAGCUGGUAAACCAAGAAUAAAUCCAGAGCAAAAACAAGAUGGUAUAAUGAUUGAUGCAUUCUAA